AUGAGUGGAGUAAAAAUUUAGAAACAUCUUCCUUGCCAUGAUUAUCACAUGGGCAACUGUACUUUAACAAAAGCAUAAUGUCCAUACAGUCAUGAAGGAAGGUCUUGGGGAAUUUGUCCUAAUAAAAACCACUGUCCUACUCCACAUAAGCUUGUCGACUGUCCUCUUUUUCUUAACAAUUGCUGUCCUAAAGGUGAAAAUUGCUCAUAUAGGCAUAAAAGUAAAGAGGAUACAACUCAAAAAUCAUGCUAAGAAUAAAUUACAUGCGCUAAUGUUGAAGAAAUUUAAAAAAACGAUAGCAGUUUAGAAUUGAAAAAUAGCCAAGUCAUCAAAGGAUUAACUAUGGAAGAUUUUAAGUCUUCUUUAGUUGAGUUAAACUAAGAUUUGAAGAUAUUGCUACCAAUCAUUUUAGAAGAAAAAGAAAAAGCUAAACAAAUGCAUUCUUCAUGCUCGUUGGAUUUAUGCUUUGUUGUUGAUAUUAGUGGCUCAAUGUCUUCUUGGAUGAAUCAUGUUGUGUAAUAUGUAGGAAAUACUCUUAACACUAUUUAUUAACAAUUUCCUGCUAUUACACUGAGGGUUGCUUUUUCUGGAUACAGAGACAUAAAUGAUUUCGAAUAGUAUGUGCAAGUUGAUUUCACAAGAAACAUUGAGGAUUUCAAGACAAGAUUAUCUAAGGUUUCAUGCGGUGGAGGUGGAGGUGAUUGGCCAGAGGAUGUCACUGGUGGUUUAAAUAACGCUUUGAACUUUGGUUGGGGAUCAGCUGCCAAACAGUUAAUAUUUAUCGCAGAUUAUCCAGCACAUGGAUUAAAAUAUCAUGAUAAUUUAAUUGAUAAUUAUCCUAAGGGAUGUCCUAAUGGAUUAAAAUUAGAAGAUCUCAUGAGUCAAUUUAGUUUUAAAAAAAUAGAUUUUACAGUGGUUGAGGUAAGCCAAAGUACAAAAAAAAUGUUCUAAAUCAUGACAUAAUAUUAUGGAUAAAAUUUGGUUAUCAAGAAUUUGCUAGAUAAUAAUGAAGAGAAUGGAACUGCAUCAUUUUAAAAUGUGGUUCAUGACUCAAUUAAAUCUACGGUUACUGCUUCAUUAUCUAAAAGUGGUUUAAAUAAUGAUAAUUCUGCCCAACCACAAGGGUAAUUCAGUUAAGCAAUCAGAUUUAUUUUAUAAAAUAAAAGAUUCAAAAAAGGAUUAUCUUGGAGCUUCUCAAAAGAAAAAUCUUCUAAACUUCCAUAAACCUUAAUUUAAUAAUAAGCUGAACAAGAAUAGGUUCUAGAAGAAGAAGAAGAGUAUGAUUCAGAUGAUAGUGAAUAUGAAACUAAAUUAGAAUAAACAGCUUAGAAAUAACUAAAGUAGGCCAUUAAAGACAAAGAAUAUCGUAAAUAAAAAGAAAAGGAAGAAAAGUUAGAAAAACUAAAAAAAUCUUUCCCUUCCCACUACUUUGAUACUGUUGAAUAACAUGAAGAGAAAAAUAAAAAAAAGCAAAAAGAAAAGGUUUAGAAAACAUUAUAUUAAACUGGAUACUUUGAUUGGGAUAACUUUGAAAACUAUAACGACUAUCAAGCAGUUUGCUAUUCAUUUGAGUUAGUGAAAAACUAUAAAGAAGGUCAAGAAAUAAAUUGGAAGAAUCUUGAGAUUAAGACUUUCUAUUUGGGAACUAAAGUAAGAAUAAGCAACCUUGUAUUUUCGGAAGGUGCUAUGAGAUACGCAUAUCAUGCUAAAGAUUUAUAUCUCAAUUAAAAAAUGGUUGCUAAGCAAUACAAGAAACCUGAAAAAUAAACUAAAAUAUCUAUUGAAGAGAUGAAGAGAGAUAUUAUUUCGUAAAUUGUUUGCAAAUACAUUGUCAAGGAAUUCAACAGUAAACUUGUUGAAAUUGAAUAGAGUGAAGCAUUAAUUUUAUAGUUUAUUGAUUGUUAUAUAUAUGAAACCACACAUCCAUAUAAUGCAAGUCCUCGCUAUUAUUUCGAAAAGUAUAUUGAUGGAACUUACGAAAAGUUUAAUAAUAAUGCUGGUUAUGUUUCUUAAACAGAUAACCCAUACAGUUCUUUAGCAUAAGCACUCUCUCACUUCUCUUGGCAAAUUAGUAAAGGUUAUCUUGCUAUUGUAGAUUUGUAAGGUAAUCAGGAAGGUAUUUUGACCGAUCCCUAAGUCCACUGUUUGGACUAAGAAAAAUUCGGAGAUGGUAAUUUGGGUUAUGAAGGUAUUUUGAGGUUCUUUUCAACUCAUGAUUGUAAUGAUCAUUGCAAAAAGUUGUAAUUGAUUCAUCCAUUUGAUUAAAACUAAAUUCCUGUAAAUAAUACUUUCUUCUAAUAAUAUACUAACUCUGAUAAGGAAAAUGAAAUUAAUGACUCUUAACCUUUAAUGAGUUAAUUAUGUGAUAUCUGUUAAACAACAAGCUAUUUUAAUAUAAAACGUAUUGUAGAAUCUAAAAAGAAUAAUGAAAGGCUAAUUUGUAAAGAUUGUAUAGAAUAAAUAAAAAGAACUACAUUCUCUAAGAAGUGUGUUUAAUGCCCAGAUUAAUUGCAAUUUAGUACAUAUGAAUGCAUUCAGCUAAGAAGAGAUGCUCCUCCUUUGUGUAAUAAGUGCUAAUUAAAUUAAUGA